GUUGGUUCCCAUUCUCCCAUUUGUAAACGCCAGAGACAAUGUGUGGAGAAAUCGAACGUACAAACAGAACGUUAAGAACGGAUUAUUCUGCAGCAAACACAAAUAGCAGCUUAAAAGAAUUUGGUUUUCUACGGAGGGUUGAUACUCGUUUUGAUUAAGGAUUCGCUGAAGGUAGGAAGGAUACUGAAAAGUAAUUUCCCUACCACCACCAACCAACAGGCUAAACUACUUUAACUUCUAAGGCAACAAGAUUGGACAGGUUAAACGAUACGUAAUUAUUUCAAGACUUUCCAAAGAUCCUUAAAAGAAUUUCCAAAGAUCCUUAGCCCGUUUUGCAUGAUCGAUAGAAGUGUUCUCAACCACCGAAAACCAGCCGUGUGUGAUCGGUGUUCUAAACAUCAGUUAGGAAAUGCUUUUCAUCAGUUAGGAAAUGCUUUUAUUACAAAAAUCUGUCUCCAGGAAAGAACUUGAAAUCAUGAUACCUUUAGUGUUUUUUCCUAUUUCUUUUGUCAAUUUUCACUCGUGGGUUUUAAAGAAAUACGUAGCUUGUCCGAUGUUAGAAUAAUAUUUUUUAUAUCUCCAUGAAUCAGAAUUUUUUCUUUUAAUGAAUGAUUUAUUACUUAAUUUUGAUCUGAGAUGAGAAGGCAUCCAAAAUUUGCGACAUGGGAGAACUUAUCGCCACUAAAUUGACAAACUCUGCUUUAAUUCCGAACAAGAAUUCGAAGCCUCAUAAUCAUUUAUUUUUCAUUGAACAGAAUAUCGUGCAUAAUUAUUAUUUGGGUGAAACUUAUUGUAUUAGUGGUUUGCUUUUGUCAGAAUUACCGGUUGCAGCAGGUGUACCAAUUUUGCUUCGUUGUCUUAUCGAUGUGUCCUUUCACUGGGGUUAAUUGAACCACCCGUCGACAAAACUGUGACAGGGAGAACAAGGACAUUUCACUGAACAACUUCACAAUUUCUUAACAUGGCCACAACCAAAACACGCUAUUUAACGCACCAGCACUUACAAGUUGGAAAUUAUUUUGUUGAUUGAAAAAUGAACUGAAGCCAGAGAGUAAACGAUGACGCAGAGUGGCUUUUAAGGGGAAAGGAAGGAAGGAAGGAAGGAAGGAGAGAGUUUCAGCUCUUUCAACGGUUCUCCUUUAUGAUCAUCGUACAAAUCUUCACUUGAAGGGCUGGAGAUCCGAGUUUCUCUUGAGGAUUGGAGGUGGAGGAAGCAAAUCAGUGUCGAGCAUAUUAAUAAUUUUAAACUUCUGAGAGAUGUGUCAUAUUUCAUAAACUAUUUUCGUUAGCAUCAACUUUUCAGGUGACGACCAUGAAACACAACAUCGCAAAGUUUAAGAGGAAUGGCCGGCGUGGAUUAUCAAGCAAUUCCUACGUAAAAGAAGACUUGACGAAUGGAAUCUGUAGACCAGUAUACUGCCUCUUCUGACUCGGAGGAAUUAAGUUUGGACAAUUUUACUUUGCAAAGACUAGCUAGCGCAAACACGGAGACAGAGGACACUAGCGAUGGAAGCGACGAAGAUUGCCGAUCUACCAGGCGGGAGUCUGGCGAUAGAAGGGAGAUAUCGCCAGAGAAACAUCGCGACAAGAAUAAAAUCAAGAGCGAUUUCUCAAAAGAAGCUUGGAACAAAACCCACAUUCCAGGAGAUUCAAAUGAAUCUCCAAAGCCAGUCACAAGUGACACAACACAUUCUCUACGGGUACUCCCAAGUGGAGAAACUGAAACUUCCGCGAGUGCCCGAGCCUACUCUCCAGAGGAGGACAGUGAACUGUUUUCAACGGAAUACGUCGAUAAGUUGGUGGCCUCCUUUUGGAACAAAGUUGAUCAGAAGAUCGAGGCGGCGGUUUCUAAUUACCAAGCGAGUCCGCAGGCCGGUCAGCAGACUAACCUGGAAAACAGUGCGCCGACAGAUGAUGCGAAAGCAAACGACGCAAAAACUAAUGACAAAAGUACCACUAAGUACUCUGGAGGUGUCUGUGUAUUCAUCCUUUUUAUAUUCCAGUUCUUAGCAAAAAUUUGGGUUAUUUGUAAAGAGGAAAUAAAGAACAAGUGGAAGGAGCGGUUUACGGAUGAAAUGGGGCAGCAUAAUCUGAAAGCGAUUAUAACUCAUCGCCACGCUAACUUCACAGUUGUCAUGGUAACUCUGGUGGACUGUUUCCUAGUGAUUGUCAAUAUUCUUGCUGACUUUGAUGUGAUUGAUGAUAACGGAAUCGAGUUCAUUUUUAAUGGUUUUCUUUACAUCAAUUUGGUGAUAAUGUUCUUAUUUGUUCUCGAGUGUCUUAUAAGAAUGGCUGUUCUCAAAAAAGAACUGUUUCAAGACAAGAUGGAGAUGUUUGACGCUGCACUGGUGUAUUUCUAUUUUCUGGUAGAAUUAAUUACAAGCAAUUGCUUAAGUGAAGUAGGGAAUCCUUACCCCAAGUACCUUCAUAUGAUAGUUAUUCUUCGAUGCUGGCGCAUUCUUCUUGUUUUAGAACAACUUCAGCUGGAGAAAGAACUAGAAUUGAGCGCCAUAGAAAGCCAAACGCAAAGAUGACAGCAGUGAAGGACCACACCCAUUUUUUAAACAAAUUUUCCGAGGCAUUUCAAACGAGCAUCGAAAUCGACAUUUUUAUUUAAUCUUUCCUCCCCCAAGAUUGCCACUUUAACUCUCCGUUUUGUCUGCCACACCUUCCUUUCAAAAAUUACUUCAGGGAAUUCGCUCGAAACUUUUUGAUUCAUUGUUUGCCUAACGACGCUUUAAAGGAAAGGCCAUUCGGAAAAGCUGCUAAGCACAGUGGCUGCUCCAUAAAAAACCUAUAUAAUUUUUCAUUUGCAAAGGCUUUGCUCUGACAGGUAUUUAAUUCCAUUGAGAAUUAUGACCAGAAAGUUACGUCUUAGUGUAACCGAUUAAUUCUGUGGUUGACAAUCGCCCCCUUCCCCACCGAAUGAAAAGAGGACCAGAGUUCUUUUAGCAUCACAGCGGGGGAAGGGAUAAAAAGAACUUGACGUGAACGCAAAGCUACCUCAAAGUGCUCAGAUAGCGCUAGUUCUUGAUUAUGUGUAGCGUAACAUUAUAAUCGUUUUUCUUUGUUUUAUACUGUAAUGAAACGUUUUUCCGAACAGCUAUAGCGCGAACUUAAAUCCAUAUAAGGUCCGAUUGAUGUAGUCAACGUUUCGGUUUUACAUGACCUACAAUUCUUUGUGAAAUACAGUGGCGUUAGAAUCGCCAAGAUUGAUAUCUUUACGUUAGUAAGGAUUUCCAUGCACUUUUGUAUAUCAAGAUUCUCAUAAUGAGAGGUUCCUUAUAUAAAUUGACGUAUUUUAAACUACCUUUCGAAAAGAAUGUACAUUUUUUAAAAGCAAUGAUGGUUUCUAUUUUCAGCAAACAUCAGGUGCAUGAUAAAAAAUAGUGUAGAAAUAUAGCCCUAUUUAACCAAUACAUGGCUCCAUAUCUUUAGUACGGUAACCUUGUUCAAAUUUCACUCAUUGGGUGUAAACGAACAUCAAAGACAAAUAAUAAAUUAUUGAGUCCGAAAACUGUAGGAAAGGUAAUAUGAAUACAUGGAUAAAUAUAGUCUAUUAACUUUUUUAAUCCUCAAAAAGUGUUCUUCUAAAAGUGGAGAAUGUGACACUGGCAAUAGGAACACAAACGAAACUCAGGUACAUUGAAACCACUCAGCCUUACUCUUUAUUUUCCCAAUUCCUCAUUAAUAAAUACAAAAUAAUGUAUUCUAGCAUUUGAAACCAUAGCAGUACUUCUUUUUUUUACAAACCUGUUUCGACAAUAUAUUAGAGGAAUAAAAAAACCACUCAAUAAAUGUUUGAAUCUUAAGAAGAAACUCAAAAAAGAUGGUCAUGACUUUUAAAGGGGUAAAUUAUUUUGCUAAUUAGGUUUGAUUCUUCCUACAUUUUGUAGAACGUUUAGUAUGACAAACGGGUUUCGAGUAUUAACGAUUUUGGUCUACCAAUUUAACAGACGACUUGGUCGUUUGAAAAACUUUUCGAGAUCUGAGAGGAAAGACCUAUCUUGUAUCUUAUCCAUUCCUUGUAACACUCACGUAUAAAUACAAAUUAGCCGUCCCCCAGGCGUUCUCUUUCAAUCCGAACAAAGUCUAGGAAGGGGUCACGUGACGGCUCACAGUAGCAUUCAGAAUUGUCCUUUUCACAGUUGUGGGCUUGGUGGCCAAGCCUUUGAACAGGAGUGAGGCUAAGGGUGACCUUGUUAUGAUAGAGAUGUUGC